AUGUCUACAAUUGAAUCUGAAAAUCGACGUGAAAUUGCUCGCUUACCAACUCGACCAAUUUCACUUGAAGAUCGUUAUGAUCCACCAGCAAAUUUUUUAGAAAUUGAAGUACUUAAUCCUGAAACACACGGCUUUGCUGGAAAACGAUAUACUGAUUAUGAAGUUCGGAUGAAAACUAAUUUACCUGUAUUUCGUCUAAAAGAAUGUACUGUACGUCGUCGUUAUUCAGAUUUUGAAUGGUUACGUAAAGAACUUGAACGUGAUAGUAAAAUUGUUGUUCCAUCAUUACCAUCAAAAGCAUGGAAACGACAAAUGCCUGCAUUUCUUCGUCGUGAUGAUGGUAUUUUUGAAGAUGAUUUUAUUGAUGAACGACGUAAAGGACUUGAACAAUUUAUUAAUAAAGUUGCUGGCCAUCCCUUAGCUCAAAAUGAACGUUCACUUCAUGUUUUUCUUCAAGAACCAACUAUUGAUCAUGAUAAAUAUAUUCCAGGCAAAAUGUCAGCAGGAGUACCGCUUACAGCGCGAACUUUAGCACAUUCACAUCAAAAUGAUCUUCAGCGUAUUGCAAAUCCACGUCUGGAAGUUAAUGAACGACGUCUUCGUCCCAUUUAUGAUUACAUGGAAAUUCAUAAUUAUCGUAAAGCAUUAACAGAAAUUGAUCGUUUAUUAAAGAAACAGGCAAAUUUUACUGCAUGUAAAGCUCUUAAAUGUCUUGUAUUACUCAAACUUGAAAGGCAGGAAGAUGCACGUACAUUGGCUAAUGAAUUAGAUGCACUUGCUUCAGCUACAACACGUACUGCACCACCUGGUGAUGCAUCAAAUGUGGAUGAAAAUGCCUUAACAUUUUUUUCUCAAUAUUAUAAAGAUUUACGACAAUUUGACAAAGUUGUUUGGCUAUAUGAAGCAGCAACAAAACGUGAAUCAACAAGUGAAGAAUUUUUAUGCUCAUUAUUUAUGGCAUAUGUUCGUACAAAAGAUUAUAAAAAUCAAGUAUUAACAGCACAAAAACUUUAUAAACUUACACGAAAAAUUCCUUAUUAUAAUUGGGCUGUUAUUAGUGUACUCUUACAAAUAGAUGAAAAUUCUAAUCAAUUAAAACAAACACUUUAUAUUCCAAUGGCAAUAAAAAUGCUUGAAAAAGAAUUUUUCGAUGAAAAUCAACAACAAAUAAAACCAUAUGGUGAAAUGGAAUGUUUAUUAUAUUUACAUUCACUUGAAUUAAAAGAAGAUUUUUCUAAAGCAUUAAUAUUUCUUGAAAAAAAUUUAGAUACAUUAACAAAAUCACCAUCAAAUGAAUCAAUGUUACCAGCUUAUUUUACACAUGAUAAAUCAUUAAUUUAUAAUUUUAAAGCAGGCAAUUUAGAUAAUACAUAUCGUUUAGCAAAACAAUAUUUAAACGAAGAUAAUUAUCUUUGGAAUUGGUAUGAAGUAUUAUUUGAUACUUUUUUCAAAUUUGAUAAUACAAAACAAGAAGAAUUAAUAAAUGAUCUUCAUCAAUUUAUUUUAACUGUUCCCAAUGAGACUACUGAUUUACGGAGUAUUCAUUUGGCUCGUAUUGAACUUGGUCUUCGAUGGCAACUUGCAAAACUCAAAAAUAGCUCAACACCAUUGCCUCCAUUGGCUUCUACUUAUCUAUCAGAUACAUUCUUAAAUGAAAUCAAAUCUUAUAUUGAGACAUAUUCAUUAAAAACUACUAGUUUAGUCAUGUACGAUAUAUAUCGAUCAUUCGAAUAUCUUUCAUCUGAUGAACGAUCACAUCUUCAUAAAUAUCUUAUCGAUCAAUUAACAUCUGAAAUUUGUCAAAAUAAUAUACAAUAUUUAAUAAAUAUACUCUAUUGUGCUCGAUUAUGUGGUGAUGCACAUAGUUCAUGGUUAAAAGAAAAUUCUCAUUCAUUAAUUCAACGUUUACUUGAUGUAGCUAAUCAAUCAUCAACUCCAUCACAUCUUUCUAUUGAAUUACUUCUAUUAAUAGUUAAUGUAAUGGAUGAAACAAAUCAAUCACAAACUGAAUUAUAUACUUUAUUAGAUCGUACCUAUGAAAAAGAUACAACGAAUUUUGAUACCAAAUUAUACAUUUAUAAAAUGGCAUUAAAUUUUAAUUGUCUAACAAUAAUGAAAGAUAUAUUUGAACGGCUUGAAAUAAAAAAUAUUCAAUAUUAUUCACUUGGUUAUUUAUUAACAGAUCAUUAUUUACGUAUACAUACAAAUUAUCGUCAUAUCCGGAAUUUUUUUAAUUAUUUAACAAAUCUUUUACUUGUUUAUACUGAUGAUUCAUGGAGUCAAAUUAUGUUUUGUUAUAAAUAUGGAAAUUUUUUACGUAUUAAUGAAAUUCGUACAUUUUCUGAUUAUUAUCUUAGUUAUUCACUUAUUUAUAUUCAAUCAUUAAUAGGUUCAAUUAUAAUUGAUUUAAUACAAAAUGGAAAUCGAUAUAAUGCUAUAAUGAAUGUAUUUAAACAUUCAUCGAGUCAAAUUUUAUUUGAUAAUAAAGAAAAAAAUAAUAAUUCAUUACAUUCAUUAUUCUAUAAAACAGAUAACAAUGAAACAUUAAAACUUCAAGAUACACGUGAUUUUGAUAUUUGGCCAAAAAUUGAUUAUCGUCGAUUACGUUUUGAUUUCGUCGAUGACAAUAACAAAUCAAUCGAAAGAAUAAACUAUGCUGAUCGAGUUCUUGCCGAUAAUGCCGGUCAAACAGCAUAUCAAUCACCAUCAUAUAAAGAUUCAUUUCUUCGUCAAUAUCAAACAAUUGAUUUUCAACAACGUACAACUCUAUGUUAUAUUCGUUCAAAUAUACUUAGUUUUCUUCAUACAUUAUAUAUUGAUCCUUCAAUUAGUAAAACUGAAUCUGCAUCAGCAACAUUUGUUAUUCAUAUGCCUGAUGAACAUGUUUUCAAUGCAUUAAAUGUAAUACUUAAUGAUUUUGAUAAAUGUACGAAAUCUUUAAAAUCCGUUGAAACUACAACUCAAUGUGAACUUCAAUCAAUUAUUGAACUUGAAUUAUGCAAAUCAAUACCAUUAUUUAUUAAAAUUUUACUUGAAGGAUUAACAUUAAAUAAAACAACAGAAGCAACAUCAACAAUAACUACAAUAUCAUUAUCAAAUACAACAGUUCAUUUUGAUAAAAUUGAUCAAGAUAUAAAUGAUAUUGUAAAACAACUUGAAAAAUCAUAUCAAUUACUUUUACAAGCUUUAGACAAAACAUUAUUUCAAAAACAUUGUCAAGAAAAGCUUGAAAAUAAUAAUAAUAAUAAUAAUAAUAAUAAUCUAAAUUUUCUGAUGGAUUUAUCUGGGAAACAAUCACCACUUGAAUAUUAUUCUGUUUAUACAGAAUUUAUAUCUUAUAUUUAUAGUUUAUAUUUAUCAAUAAAAUCAAUUUUAGCUACAUUAUUUAAUAAAACAUCUUUAUUAGUUGAUAGUAGUGAAAAUACAAAUAAUCGUUCAUCAAAUACAAAAAAAUCAAAAAAGAAAGCAGUUGAUCAACAAUCAUCAUCAAAUACAGCAAAUGAAAAUGAAAAUGAAAUAAAAUUAUGGAAUCAAUUACAAAAAAUUGAAUCUUUAUUUAAUGAACAAUGGACAAAUAUUACAGACAAUAUUCAAAAAUAUGAAUUAUAUAUACGAUUUCAAGCUAAAUUAGAUGAUCAUCAAUGUGAUCGACUUGAAAAAGAACUUGAUGGCAAUAUUGAACAACAAUCGAAUAAAGCAAAAGCAAAAUCAGAUGAAAAUAACAAUAAUGAAUCUUCAUUAUCAACAAAGAAAAAUGAUGAUGAUAAUCAAUCAUCAAACUCACUUUUUGAAUUAGGAACAAGUUUUAUGCAUCCAUCGACUGUGCACACAUUUGCUCUAGGUUAUCUUGAAUCUUUAAUGCAGAUACGAAUAUGUCUACGAAGUAAGCAAAAAGCACUUGGCUUUCGUCAAGCAUCGACAUAA